AUGGUUUCCUCCACCAAUGGCGACUCUGCGCUUUUGCAGAACCCCAAACUCCUCAAUGCGAUCGCCACAAACUAUGAGUACUCCAGUUCGAUCCCUCUGAAGGUCUGGCUCCGAUCCGCCUCCACGAUGCUCAAACAUGCGCGUUAUUACGCCACAGACGGGAACGUCUCGGAAACGUACGUGCUUUACCUGCGAUUUGUCGAUCUGCUUGCAAACAGGCUCUACAAGCACCCGGAAUUGCGCGGCUGGAAACAGCAGAAGGACGGCGCCGCCAAUUACCAGAUGUACCAGAGCUUGUGCAACAAAAUGCCCGAGAUCAUGAACGAGGCAGAACGCAUACGAAAAAUCCUGGACGAAAGGUACGCCAGGCAGCAGAAAAAACAGGAACGAGCAAUUCAGCGCCGUUCUUCUGUCACAAAGCCCAAGACAGCGUCCGUCAUCGCUCCGGUGACUCCCGAACCCCAUCCUGAGCUUGACGCAAGUUUGGCUACAAAACUACGUUCGCUCUCCUCCAGCAGCGCCAAUAGCUCCCAAAUUAAACUAGAGAUAUCGUAUCCCAACGAAAUUGCGAUAGAGAGCCCCAAAUCAGAACCAGUUGCUCAGAAGGAGCCGGCUCCCACCGUUCUCCAUAAAACUGUCAAUUUCACCGAGGGAGGCUCUCCGCUGAGAACCGUGUUUCUGCCCCCAAAAUUAGUGGACGAGUUCCUCGCCAUCGCCAGAAGGAACACGUCCAAGAAACUCGAGACCUGUGGAAUAUUGUGCGGGAAACUUAAUAGAAACGCAUUCUUCAUCAAUUAUCUCGUCAUUCCCGAGCAGGACUCGACUCCCAAUACAUGCAAUACAAAAAACGAGGAAAAACUGUUUGACUUCAUUGACAAUCUCGACCUGUUCGUGCUAGGAUGGAUCCAUACGCACCCCACACAAUCGUGCUUCCUGUCGUCAGUCGAUUUACACACACAAAACUCUUACCAAAUCAUGCUUAAUGAAGCUAUAGCAGUUGUCUGUUCUCCCAAAUUCGAGCGCCAAUUGGGGAUCUUCAGACUAACAGACCCUCCGGGAAUCCCCGUAAUCACCAAUUGCAACCAGUCGGGGUUCCAUCCGCACGAGAGCGAUAAUCUCUAUGUCGAAUGUGACCGAACAUCAACGAAAACGGGCCAUGUGGUGCUAAAAGAUUUACCGUUCCAAAUCAAAGAUCUCCGGUGA